AUGUCGGAAAAUAGUUAUUCAUCCAAAAGGAAGUGCCACUGUGGGAAAUUUGCUAACCACUUCACUUCGACUACUCUUUUUAACCCUGAACGGAGAUUCUACAAGUGUCCAAAACCACAAGAUACUUCAUGUGGUUAUUGGAAAUGGUCAGAUGAUCCUAUUCCCGAUAGAGCGCUUGUUGUAAUCAACAAUUUAAGGUCUCAGUUGGAUGCGGCAAAUGCUAAAAUUAGUACUUUGAAGUCAUCGUUGGACAAUGUUAACAUUGAAAGGGAUAAAUUGAAGGAGAAAUUGAUCGCUGUGAAGAUUUAA